UACUCACGGCCCACCCGCGGUCACCAGGGGCGCCACUCACUCUCCGCUCGAGCUGCCAGACGCCCGGCUGGUACGGCGAGCAGGGUGUACAGCAAGGGUGGAUCUUUUACCCCACGACAAUCACACGCCGAGAAGUGCUAGCGAACAGUGUCGAGUCGCGCGAGUGGACAGGCGGAAGGUGUUGAGAAGUUGAAGCCACAUACAGGUCACAGAGUUCCACUGAGCAGAGUAUAGUGAGCAGCGGUGCCAAGUGACCGAUUACUGCCAAGGACUGUCUGAGCUCACGCAAUUGCUGAGGGUCAUCUGACCAACUAGGAGGCACUGAGGACUGCCUGAGCGACGCGAGCUCGAGUCAACCGUCUGAGAGCCGACCCACGUCCCAUUCUACGACGUGGACGGCCUCGUUCAGUGCUGUUCGCUGUGUGUAGGUGCGUGAGCAGCUUGGGAGUACCGACUGCUGGCUGCUAAACCCACGACAUAGGCCUUCGGGGUCGGAAAAUAUCCCACGAGUGACGAAAAACGACAAAAAAACCACAACAAACGACGAACAGCAAACGACAAACGGCAAACGACGAGAGACGAUGGACAUACGGACUGUGCAACGGUUACUUGUGACGCUUCUUCUACUCCUGGCUGUUCCUCAAACGGCCUACGGACAGCGUACUCUACUGGCGCGAUUCUUCAACCGGGUCUACAGCAUGUUCUCCAACCUGAUCGGCGGCGAGCGGCUGUGUCCGGCCGGCGGCGGGCUCAUUGACCUGGCCACACUGAUACCGUGCGGGGCCGAGCUGGCGGACUGUCCAGCCAACCUGGCCUGCCAGAGGGUCACAACACUCUGCAGGAACACCCUCAUCGAGGUCACGACCUCCGUGUGUAUGCCCGUCCGUCGGCGCGGUCUCCGGUGCGACACGCACAGUGAGUGUGCCACCGGCUACUGCCAGCCCGGCACCGGCACCUGUGAGUUCCAGUCCUGCCGGCCUGGCGAGCUCUCCGUGCGGCUCGACAGCAGUUGCUACCGCUUCCAGAUGGACACCGGACUGAGCUCGUACGCCGCCGCGCGCCGCCAGUGCCGCUCCAGCGAGCGGGGGCUCGGAAGGCUCGUGAGCAUCAACAGCGCCGCCGAACAGGAGGCCGUGCGCUGGCUGCUGGCGCGCGCUCUGGUCACCGGUAUAGCCAGCCGGCCCGUGUACCUCGGCCUGUCGGACGCGCGCCGCGAGGGCCGCUUCGAGUGGCAGGACGGCUCGCCGCUGCUCUUCUCGGCCUGGCGAGGAGGAACGCCCGUCACGGCCGGUAACACGGCCGACCGUGACUGUGCCGCCAUGGAUCCCACAGACGGCACAUGGGCGGCCACCGACUGUGCCGCCUCGCGCGCCGCUGUCUGCGUUACACCGCUCGAUCGGGUCUCUAGGCUGGCCUCCAGUGACGCAUUUAACGCUGCGCUAAACGGCCUCCUGCCCAGUGACUUCCUGGGCAACGGAUUCACCCUGUGAUCGCCAGCGAAGGACGAUGGACAAAGGAUUCACUCUGUAACUCUUCGAUGUAGAACGAUGAACAACGGGUUUACCGUGUGAUCGACGACGAAAGGACAACAGAUAAAGGGUCCAGUGUCUCGCCGAUGUAGAACAAUUGACAACGUGUUGCCGCUGUGUCGGGCGGCGGUAGACAGUGGGUGGUAUUGUGGCUUGCGUUGUGCAAAGGACAUAGACCGACGGUUGAAAGAGGACCGUGGAUCUAAGCGGUGGCGCCACCUGCGUCAGGCCACGGCCAAGACGGACAAACGCGCUGGUCAUCGUUCGUGCCAGUAAUUGGGACCUGAUACGGGUCGGUACGGCUGGAGGCCCGCAUAUAGGGCGAGCUUCGCUGAGUGAGAUUAUAGAGUAGAUCAUGGUAAAACCGCAUGAUAAUGUGUCAUGACAGAACAGCAUUUGCGCGUCGAAAGCUCAAAUGAGAUUAACUAUGCUUAAUGACUGCAGCAACUUCCUCUGAUCAGCACUCCUCUUAUUGGAAUUAGUUCACUUAGCUAAGGCAUUGUCCGUACCGUACGGCUUUCGUCUUACAGCAUGACGUUUUCCACCCCGUAAAAUAUCCUCGCUCGCCUGGUAUAACGUCAUACAGCCGGUGCACAUGUGUGCUCUCCGGACAGGCAUGUGGUGCUAUUGUGAGUCGCAUGUGACAGUCCGCCCACGUUCCACCCCCGCCCCCUCUUCCCCGCACCACGCCGACGCGAGGCACUAAGGUCACAGGUGGCUCCGAGUUACUGUCUGGUCCCAGGAGGAACUGCUAUAUCUGUACUUGCAAUACGGUGCCAUUUGGGAAUGCGCUAAAACCCAAAUUAUGGAAAUAAAGGUGGGUGGUAACUGGUAAAUGUUCCCACUUGACCGCGAUGCGGACUGGUCACGUUCAAGAUGCCAACAGACGCUCAAAACUUGUCCGGGGAAAGUUGGUAAACGGGUUAUUUCCGAAUCGGCCGAGUGAACUUUAGGCGCACGGACUUCGCUGCCAGUGAAGACUGUUGAAUGUGUUCAGAGACCCAUUAGUCGCUCUUGUUGAACGCCUAGGGUCUGUAAUGUAUAGGAAGUGUGGUUAAAAUGUUUAAUUUAUUUAAGAUAUUGUAUAUGAUAAACAGCAUGUCAGAUAUUAUCCGUGAGUGUUGUUAUACUCCACUUCGCUGCCCCAAGGUAGGCACAUCAUUCACACCUCCAUAAAUAACGCGGAUUCGCGGAGGCCAACCGCCCCUCACUCACGUGUGCUUUAGAUUACCGCCGUGUAGCCUGAAGCGCCGGUAUCUGCUGGAGCUGCCAUACCGGUAGAGCCUCUCUGAACCGUUCGUGUCCGGUUACAGACACCGCUCACCGAGCCGAGAGUGACAAGCCGGCCGGACAGCCAGCGCUGCGAGCGCCGAUUUUACAGAAUAAUGGUCCGACCUGUCAUUGCCGGCGUGUGUGAGCGGUGCAGAGGAGAAUCGUUCGUCAGUGAGAUAUGAACUGCUGUUUCCGAAAAUAGAGUCAAGCCGUCGC